GUUAUCCCCUAGACUGCUAAAGCUUUUAGUGCGUGCCAGAGUGUGAAUUUCACCUUUUAGAAAAGAUUGAAAUGUUGGCGGCGUGAAUGCACAUUUGUUAAUAUUCAACCAUCCAUGACCCCGAAAACUUUGACCACAUAUGCCACUGCUGUCCAUCGUCUGCACUAAAUCUAUCUUUCGAUAAGAUAAAUAUACAGUGCAUGGCCUUGGCAAGAAACUGGGUUGGUGACGCUACGUGUGCCUACGGCAACUGCACAAGAUUAAAAAUUAGGGGAAAAACUACUAGCAACUCGCGUUCUCUAUUUACCUUUCGCUAAUAUGUAGCCACUGUUUGUAACUUAGCUACGACAAUACAAGAGACGGCAGGAACACAGAAGAACGGGUUUGAAUGAAAUAUUAAAAGGGACUGUGUUUCCGAAAAAAAUAAAAAUAUAUUAGUCUAAAUAUUUGUUUGUUUAAACAGACCAAAUCAUUCAGCGGAACACAACUACUUGGCUAACGUCACCAGAGGGUAGCAGUUUCCCAGGAAAAAUGCUAUCGCUACGUUUGCACGCUGGCCGGAUUGGCUUGCAGGCAACUAAUGUUAGCUGGCAGUAAGGUUCGCUAAUUUGCCGGCGCUGGUGCGUUUCUCGGCUCGUUCAUAGAAUAGGACCAUCGCGCACAUUAUAAGAUAAACGUGACAAUAGUCUUUUUUAUAGACAUAUAUGCAAAUAGUAAAAGUCAACGAGUCUAUAUCCAAGUUGCAUUUGAAUCCCGAGGCCCGGAAUGGAGCCGGGGAGCUUGCGUGAAAGUCCAGCCGGUUCUGGAGACCCGAAACCGGCCGAGUGGCGGGAGGAAAUACGCAAUGGAAUGGCGGUGGGAAAUGAUGGGAAGGGUCGAGCGGGCGGCGGGGACAACAUCGACACUUUUAAGAAGACGGACGGGGAAGGUGCGGAAGACCGAAUUGUGGAGAAAGUCAACAUCGACAAGAAAGAAGUCCGCAAAUCUGAAGAAUUAGAUCCAAGGAUCCAGGAGGAGCUGGAGCACCUGAACCAGGCGAGUGAGGAGAUCAACACCCUGGAACUGCAGCUGGAUGAAGCGAGGUCCAGCUACAGGAGGAUCCUGACGGACUCCGCCAGGAAGCUGAACGCCCAGGCCUCUCACCUGGGCACCUGCAUCGAGAAGGCCCGGCCCUACUACGAAGCCCGAAGACUGGCCAAAGAGGCCCAGCAGGAGACCCAGAGAGCGGCCCUGCGGUACGAGAGGGCCGUGUCCAUGCACAGCGCCGCCCGUGAGAUGGUGUACGUGGCCGAGCAGGGCCUCAUGGCCGACUGCAACACCAUGGACCCCACCUGGCAGGAGAUGCUGAACCACUCCACCUGCAAGGUGAACGAGGCGGAAGAGGAGCGUGUGCGCAGCGUGGAGGAGCACCAGCGCGUGACCCAGCAGUGCCAGCAGGCUGAGGCGCGGGUCCAGAGCCUGCAGAACUCCCUGCGCCGGGUCAUUCUCAGAUCCAAGCCCUACUUCGAGCUCAAGGCCCAGUUCAACCACAUCCUGGAGGAGCACAAGUCGCGGGUCUUGAUGCUGGAGGACCGGGUGUCCAAGGUGAAGACGCACUACUCCGUCGCCCUGCGCAACCUGGAGCAAAUCAGUGAGCAGAUCCACGCCCAGAGGGGGCGGGGCCAGGGGGCGGGGGCGGGGCAGUGGGCCCAGGCCCGGGCCAGCGGUGGGCGGAGCUCCCCGGUGGGGGCGGAGUCGUCGGACUCGGGGGUGGGCGGGCGGUGGGGGUCGGGGGCGGGGUCGGGGGCGGGGUCAGACACGGCUUCCCUCGUCAGUCUGCAGACCAUCGCCUCCGACCUGCAGAAGUGUGACUCCAUUGGUCACCUGGGUGACUUCAGCGACAGCGUCAGCCUAUCGGGGGAGGAGAAGGCGGGGCCAAGCCGGGCGGGGCCGGGCGGAGCCGGACAGGAGAGGGGUGAGGGCGUGCCGGCUGAUGAGGCUCAGCAGAAUUUCCUAAAACAGCACUACAGGAGCGCUAGUCUGUGAUGGGCAGCACGGGGGGGGGGUGGGGGGGGGGUUGAGGAUUGACAGGAACACUGACCCCCCCACCCCCGGAAGACAGGAACACUGAGACACUUCUGUAAGAGAGGCACUGACAUUCAUACUGACACAACUUCCUGUGCCCCACUUCCUGUGGGACCCUGAACUUCGCUGUUGGAAAUGUGGAAAUGGAGAGGCUGCUGAGCGAACACUACUCCGUUGGAGACUCAUUGGGGUUGGGAAAUGUAGUCCCCCCCCCCCCCCCUCCUUACCAUUGUAGUUCAGAUGCUGCUGGACUGAAGCACAGAAAGCAAGAUGGAGGUCGGUCACGGGGAGCGGAAGAUGUGGUCGACCUCGGUACCUCCGCUGUACGAGAUCUCAAUGCUGGCACGCCCUCCUCGCUGUGUCGCUGGGUCCUAAAUGUGGUACGUGGAGCUGGUGGAUGAAGACUGAGAUAUGGCACCUAUUUACACAUCCAUACAGGAAUGAACGAGACCCUUCUGAUGCUCUGUGCUUCUGUGUGUGUGUGUGUGUGUGUGUGUGUGUGUGUGUGCAUGCAUGUGUGCAUAUAUAUAAACACAAGGUAAAUGUUUUUGUCUUGAACACCCGACUAUGUAACACAUCUGGGUGGAAAAACUGAAUGAAUAUUUCAUGCUCCUGAAGUACCCAGACGAGAUUUCUUUCAUCCGUUCUGCGAGUACAGCUAAUGGACACAGCAGUCCUUUAAAAACGUCCCAGAGAUUCACUGAGUGGGCGCUAAAACACUUUCAGUUUGUUAGAAGAUGUGUGGCAGGUGCCCAAGAGGGGCUGUGUCUGCAGGUUUAACUCCAGUCCUAUAGGGGGCGCUGUGUCUGCAGGUUUAACUCCAGUCCUGGAGGGGGCGCUGUGUCUGCAGGUUUACCUCCAGUCCUGGAGGGGGCGCUGUGUCUGCUGGUUUAACUCUAGUCCUGGAGGGGGCGCUGUGUCUGCAGGUUUAACUCCAGCCCUGGAGGGGGCGCUGUGUCUGCAGGUUUAACUCCAGUCCUGGAGGGGGCGCUGUGUCUGCAGGUUUAACUCCAGUCCUGGAGGGGGCGCUGUGUCUGCAGGUUUAACUCCAGUCCUGGAGGGGGCGCUGUGUCUGCAGGUUUAACUCCAGUCCUGGAGGGGGCGCUGUGUCUGCAGGUUUAACUCCAGUCCUGGAGGGGGCGCUGUGUCUGCAGGUUUAACUCCAGUCCUGGAGGGGGCGCUGUGUCUGCAGGUUUAACUCCAGUCCUGGAGGGGGCGCUGUGUCUGCUGGUUUAACUCCAGUCCUGGAGGGGGCGCUGUGUCUGCAGGUUUACCUCCAGUCCUGGAGGGGGCGCUGUGUCUGCUGGUUUAACUCCAGUCCUGGAGGGGGCGCUGUGUCUGCAGGUUUAACUCCAGUCCUGGAGGGGGUGCUGUGUCUGCUGGUUUAACUCCAGUCCUGGAGGGGGCGCAGUGUCUGCAGGUUUAACUCCAGUCCUGAAGGGGGCGCUGUGUCUGCAGGUUUAACUCCAGUCCUGGAGGGGGCGCUGUGUCUGCUGGUUUAACUCCAGUCCUGGAGGGGGCGCUGUGUCUGCAGGUUUAACUCCAGUCCUGGAGGGGGCGCUGUGUCUGCAGGUUUAACUCCAGUCCUGGAGGGGGCGCUGUGUCUGCAGGUUUAACUCCAGUCCUGGAGGGGGCGCUGUGUCUGCAGGUUUAACUCCAGUCCUGAAGGGGGCGCUGUGUCUGCAGGUUUAUGUGACUAAUGCACUGAUGUAUUAAAACACCAGAACUGCAGACACUGACCUCCUUCAAGAAUAGAAUUUGAGAUCCCCAACUCAAAUAAGGAUAAUAAUAAUAAUAAUAAUAAUAAUAAUAAUAGUUAAUUAACACCCAAUUUUCGGAGAUCAGUGUGUAACAAUAAGCUAGAGACACCGUAUAAUUUAAAGUGCUUUAAAGUGCCUUUUUGCCUUUUUCUGUGUGAAAUAGAAGAAUAUUAACAAAAUAACGUUACCUUAUGACAAAUUAGUGUGAAGAAAUCAUUUUAAAGAGAUGGUUUUAAAAGAUAAAUUAUUGAUUACGCAAGAGCAUCUUUCCAACGCGGCGUGCGGCUCGAUAUCGGACGCCAUUUUGGGCCAGUUUCCCCCGAAGCUUUGUGGAGACUUGCGGGGAAUUUGUCAGUUUUGUUUCUGUUUAAUGUUCGUCAUUUUAAAAUCCUCUCUGACUGACUUAUACAGGACUUGUUUUUAACUGCUAUUGUUUUAAGCACGAGUGGAGAUCUUAAGUGUCGAUGCUGGUUUCUGUUCGUGUGUGUGUGUGUGUGUGUGUGUGUGUGUGUGUGUGUGUGUGUGUGCACGGCUGCGGGUGUGUGUGUGUGGUGUGGGCCGCAUAAAAGAUUGGAUUCUUGAAAGGCUGAAUUAAUUCAACACAAGAAAAGCACACUCCACCAAAGAUUAAUAAUGUUUUCCUCACAUGUUCGAGCCCUUACUCCUGUUAUGAGUUUAAUUCACUCCUGUUUAAUUAAGAAUUUAAUUCACAUCUAAGUUUUUUUUCGUGGGUGGAGAGAAAUGAAAAUGGAAAAAUGAAUGUUUGAAAAAUGAGUUUUUUUCUCGGCUGAGUAAAGAAUCACAGGAAGGAGACCCAGCUGCUGAAAACCUUGCACACACACACACACAUGCUCACACACACACACACACGCAGACACACACACACACACACAUGCUCACACACACACACACACACACACACACACACACUCUCACACACACACGCAGACACACACACACACGCUCUCACACACACACACACACACGCUCUCACACACACACACACACACUCUCACACACUCGUACACACACACGCAGACACUCACACACGCAGACACACACACACUCACACUCUCACACUCACACACCCACACGCUCACACACACGCAGACACACACACACACACACACGCUCUCACACACACACACACACACUCUCACACACACACCCAGACACACACACACACACACGCUCACACACACACACAGCCCAACCUUGCCUCUCCAGUGUAUGAAAUGUUUGCCCUUUGUUGAGGUCGUUCCAUUUUAUUUUCUCGGUAAUAAAAGCAGUGUUUAAAAGCACAAACACAGACUGGGGCCCCAACUCAGGCAAUCUGCCUUUCUGUGGGUUCCUGUCUGCGGAGAGAGGGUGGGAGAGUUUGUGAAUUUAGAGCACGGAGGAUAAGAAAAGAGAAAAGUUAAAAUAGAGAAGACACGGUGUGGAGAUAAAGAAAGGAGAAGAUUGAGUGCGCCAAAGACUGCAAACGUUUGCAGCAGCCAGUUACUGUUACGAUUUUAAAUCAACAUUGCAUCUAACUUGCCACCCAACGCCUUUUUAAUACAAAUGGAUGCAACUUGGAUGUGGUAGCCCCAGCUAGCUGAUUAGCUGCUUACCUGCAAUUUAUUUGUAAAGGUAAGAAGAAAUAUUGCACCGAUUAAAGUGCAUUAUAGCAGCCAACUGAUGAGUGUCAACUUGUGUUCUCUCUGCGUUGUCCCCAUUAGCAGACAUUUUUGUUUGCCGCGUUCUGGUUAAAGGUCUUUAAUGCACGUCUGGUUCGACUGAGAGACGCGUUGGUCCCACUGAGGGGGAAAGGCGGACACCGGGAAUCGUAAAUGGUUGGCCUUUAUCCGAAGCGCUGUACAAUUGAUGCUUCUCAUUCACCCAUUCAUACACACACUCACACACCAAUGGCGAGUGGCUGCCAUGCAAGGCCCCGACCAGCUCGUCAGGAGCAUUUGGGGGGGUUAGGUGUCUUGCGCAGGGACACUUCGACACAGCCCGGGUGGGGGAUCGAACCGGCAACCCUCCGACUGGCAGACGACUGCUCUUACCGCCUGAGCCAAUGAGACGACUGCGCUUACCGCCUGAGCCAAUGAGACGACUGCUCUUACCGCCUGAGCCAAUGAGACGACUGCUCUUACCGCCUGAGCCAAUGAGACGACUGCUCUUACCGCCUGAGCCAAUGAGACGACUGCUCUUGCCGCCUGAGCCAAUGAGACGACUGCUCUUGCCGCCUGAGCUGCUGAGCGCCCCCGAUGUGGAGGCGGUGCUUCCUCUGGUGGGUUUUUGGAGGCGUUUGACCUGGAACCUGUGCGUUCUGUUUCUCUGCUGUGAAAGCAAGUCAGGAUGUGAACGCUAUGAGGGGAAAUCUGGCGGUAGCCUCUCAUCCCAGUGCAGGUCCCCCGCCGGGCCCGUUCACACGGACACGAGUCGGAGGAAGACAUGCUCAGCAGGUCCACUGACAGGCAACCGAUACUAUUUAACAAUUAUUUCAUCAUUAAAUUAUUUUGUGGGAAUUUGAAAAGUAGUAAUGGGGGGAGGGGGAUUAAUGCACUUAUCUGGCAACCUUGGCCGCCCUCAGUCCCUUCCCUUAUCCUUUCCUUUUAAUACAGACUCUGUAAGAACUGGAUGUGUGUUUGUGCUGUUUCAGUGAUAUAAAUGGUAAUUUAUGCGAUACCAACGUUAUCAAUCGAAUAAAAUAUGAAUUAUCUCCCGCC